AUGGCUCUUGGAACAUGGUCUUCCAAGCUUUGUUCUAGCGGGGAUAAUUCUUGCCUCAGCAAUAUUCCCACUACUUGUGUUGAUGUGGGUAGUAUUGUGACUUCUGAGUUCUUUGAUGGGAUCAAGAAUCAAGCCGCACCAGAUUGUCCAGGGCAGAGCUUUUACACGAGAGAUGUGUUUCUGAAUGUUCUUGAUCAAUAUCCUGAGUUUGGCCAAACUGGUUCGGAUGAUGAUUCUAAGCGUGAGAUAGCUGCAUUUUUUGCUCAUGUUACUCAUGAAACUGGAAGUUUGUGCAAAAUAGAAGAGGAUAACAAAGAAGUCUACUGUAAUGACCCUAACUAUGCUUGCAUUCCAGGAAAAUCAUACUAUGGGCGAGGGCCAAUCCAACUCACUGGAAAUGGUAAUUACAAAAGGUCUGGAGAUGAUCUACAAUUCGAUGGACUAAACUCUCCUGAACAGGUGGCCCAAGAUCCUGUUCUAUCUUUCAGAACUGCCUUGUGGUUCUGGAAGACCAAUGUUCACUCAGUUGUAAACAACGGUUUUGGGGAAACAAUCAAGGCGAUUAAUCCUGGUGAAUAUUGCACCAAAUUUGGUGUUGAACCUGACCAGAAUCUCUCUUGUUAG